AUGGCGGUCAACAUGUCUGAUGCGAGUACCGAUGUAAGCACUUGUUAUUCAACAAAUGAUUGCCUAAGUAAUCUGAAAACACUACAAAUCGACUACAGUAAUGGUAAAGAUAUCAUUAUUGAUGAGAAUAAAAAGCUAAAAUGGAAGGAGAGCUAUGAAGCUCUUAAAGUCUUUGUCAAGAAAACUCUAAAACUAAACGGGAAAUGGUCGUCACCCGGAGGCAACUUAAAGUUAUUUAAUGAGACCACAGGAUCAAUUAUACUCAGGUAUUACACCAACUCUGCCUCUCUCUUAAUUCAAGGCGAGAAAGGUGAGUCAUUUACAAACAUUUUGAUCAAAAAGCUCUCGACCAUGCAUCCGAAUUCAGGGACAAAUAUUAUCGCCGAUGAUAACUCGUGUGAGCCAGAAAAAUCGGAAGAGUCACAAAAUAUGUACGAUGUCUCUAUAAGCGAGCAGUCUCAAGAUAUUUUUACUUUCGACCAGCGUAUAUUGACCGGGACAAUCAAACAGAAAAAUAAUGAACACGUCAGCCAUACUGACGAAGUAAAUUAUAUAAUUGACCAUUCACAAACGCCUAAUAUGGAGCCGCAAACUCUACACAAGAAUCAAGAAAUAAUGACCGAAAAUUGUUCGCAAACGAUGCCCCAAACCGACACUGCCAAUAGUUCAAAUGCAGAUCUGUUGAAGUAUGUUUGUCGGCUGCGGUGA